AUGGCGGAAAUAGAUGUCUCCGAGAUAUUGAGAGCUGCGAUAGAGCCUGAACGAAAGCGUGCUCGACUUGAACAACCCGAACAAAAUGGGAAUGGAGCCGCAGUGAUGCCUUCAUUAUCGACUGGAGCACGACAAGAAGAGAUUCUGGCUGCGUUGGAAGAUGAUUCUGCACAAGCGCAAAUCGUUGACGAAGCUUUGGUCAAAAAGUUGACUGGACAGUUGGAAAAGAAACAGCAAAAGAAUCGUGAGAUGAGAAUCAAACAUGGGGAUGAUCCAAAGAAGUUUAUGGAUUCAGAAAUUGAGCUCGAUACGGGUGUUCAAGAAAUGCACGUCAUUGCCACGAAUCCCGAAUUUUAUGGACUGCUAGUAGAACUUGGGGCGAUUCAAAUCUUCGUUCAACUAUUGGCUCAUGAGAAUGGAGACAUUGUCGGAGCGACACUCAACUUAUUGCAAGAGCUCACUGAUGUGGACAUUUUGAAUGAGAGCUCUGAGGGAGCCGAUAGUUUAGUGGAUGCACUUCUUUCUGCACGGAUCGUUGAGUGCAUUGUUUCUGGCUUUGCUGCACUCAAUGAGGCCAACAAAGAUGAUGCCGAUGCUUUACACAAUGGACUCAACAUUUUUGAAAAUAUUCUUGAGUUUCGGCCGGAGUUUUCGGAUGAUUGCGUUACACAAGGCUUGUUUCAAUGGCUGCUGAAAAGAGCCACACAAAGAGGUACCUUUGAUGGAAACAAAAUGUAUGCCAGUGAACUCCUUGCUUUACUUCUACAAACAAACGAAUCGGCUCGGGAAGAGCUUACGAAGAAAAUUGAUGGAAUGGAACUUUUGCUUAGGGCUCUCGCGGCAUAUAAACGACAUGAUCCAGGAAGUCUGGAUGAAACCGAACAUAUGGAGAAUCUUUUCGAUGCCCUCUGCUCCUCCCUGCUCUAUUCGCCAAAUCGAAAGAACUUCCUUGAAGGUGAAGGGCUUCAGCUAAUGAACUUGAUGCUUCGAGAGAGAAAACAAAGUCGGGAAAGUGCGUUGAAGGUUCUUGAUCAUGCUACUACUGGUCCAGAAGGGCAGGAAAACUGUGCAAAGUUUAUCGAAAUUCUUGGCUUGAGAACUCUUUUCCCGUUAUUUCUCCGCACUCCGACAAAAGUCAAGAGAAAAGACACAACACCUAAUGAACACGAGGAACACGUUUGUGCGAUUUUGGCUGCCUUGAUGCGAUCUUGUGAUGAGGAUGCUCGCCAAAGAAUCAUGCAAAAGUUUGUGGAACAUGAGCACGAGAAGAUGGAUCGAGCUGUGGAACUCUUUUUGAAAUAUAGAGAACGAGUCGACAAAUUUCUUGCACGACGAAAAAGAGAACAAGCGAAUUCUGAGGAAGAGAUCGACAACGAUCGGGAAUAUUUCGAUCUCCUAGAUGGCGGUUUAUACACUCUGCAAAAUAUCACACUGCUUUUGGCCGACAUCUGUGCUCAUACAAAUUCGGCCAGACAACGUGCGAUCAAGUUGUUCAACAUGAAAACAAAGCAAGAAAUCCUCUCAAAACAUUUGAUUCCGGUGCUUUCGAAAUACGCGGAAAAUCUUGGAGAGCAAGCUGAUGAAGAAAGAAAUCGAGUCGAUCUCUUCAUUGCAAGGCUGAAUGCUGCUGAAAAUGCUGAACGACAACAG